AUUUACAGUAUUUGUCACCUUGUAUAUAAAUAUUUCAAGUGGAAUGAGAGAAACAACUUAAAGUGCUUCUGUGAUGCACUCUUCUAUUGUGACCGACCGCUUACGAUAUAUAUAAAGGAAAUAAGUUAAAAUUGAGUUCAGUUUCAAUGGAAAGUAUCAGCACCACUGGUCGUCGACGGAACAACAUGCGAAUCAAUGCCGAAGAUAAUGCGCUGGAUCAAAUUACAAAAGAGGCCGAAGCACGACUGGCCGCUCGUCGACAAGCGCGUGCUGAAGCCCGCGAGAUUCGUAUGCGGGAGCUCGAGCGCCAGCAGAAGGAGCAGGAAAUAAGCGCUGACCGUGUCUUUGACAUGCAAAACGCCACCGCAGUGGGAAGCGAACCGCUUUCGGUGCAUCCGGUACGCCUCGCCUACGGCGGACUGUUAAAUGUAACCCGUGCCUCAGCAUCCCGGCGGAGUAGUGAGGACUCCGUGGAAGACGAGGGAAGAAGUUUUCGCGACUUCAAGCACGAGCUUAAAGAUGUUGAGGAUCGGUUUCGAAAAGCCAUGAUAACGAAUGCCCAGUUGGACAACGAUCGUGCCUCACAGGCCUACGAAGUCAAAUUGCUGAAGGACAAAUGCGAAAUCAUGGAAGAGUCGUUUGCCCAACUGCAGCGCGAGUUCAAGGAGAAGAUGCGUGAUUGCAACGCCCUCAAACGGAACUUGGACCGCUCCAAUCUCGAGCUUAAGCUAGUGCAAGGACAGUUAAAUGAGCGCGACUCGUUGAUAGCCGAACAGGGCCUUUUGAUUGUGGCAGUUGAAAAUGCCGAUGGCAGCGAUGCAAAACGAGCUCUAGUGAGUGUUGAGAAUGCUAAAGUUUUGGCGUCCGUUCAGGGUUCUUUAGAUGUAAGACUUAAAAAGUUUAGCGACGAAAAACAGCGACUGCUAUCCGAAGUGCAAAAGCUUCACGAGCAGCUUGAGGAGUAUAAAAGUGAUGGAACCGUUGGACGUCGCAGUUCAUCGCAGGGUUCCUUUGGCGAUGAAAAUGAUUACGAGGCCCAACGGGAAUCAAACAAAAUCAUUUCAGACCAUAAAUAUAAGCUGCAGAAAGCUGAACAGGAGAUCGCCAAUUUGCAAUCGAGCUUAGCCCGUUCAGAGACUCAAGUAAUACGAUACAAAAGCACUGCGGAAGCCGCCGAAAAGGCGGAGGCUGAGCUGAAAGUCGAGCGCCGUAAGCUUCAGCGUGAGCAUCGGGAACUUUUGGAAAAACUGGAAGAAGCCGAAACGUCAAACAACCAUUUAUUGAAACGCCUUGAUAAGUUGAAAAAUGCAAAGAGUGCCAUUCUAAAGGACUUAUGAUCUAAGAUGGAAACUGCAAUGCCGCCAAACAUUGCAAGGUCGAAUCCGAUGACAUAGAAAACAGUACGACAUCAUCAGCAUACAAAUAUUGCAAUUUAAUUAGCACUUCGAUGGCAGUUUGAUCGAUCUUAGUGGUAGCAAAACGAUCAUUUUUGAAGGAUAAUCCAAAAUACUCUACCUUAAAAAUAUAUAAUUAAAUUAAACUAAACUAACUGGAUAAUAAUUAACAUAAAUAAUGUCUAUAUGUAAAGCGCAAAAUAUAAGUAACAAUUCAAUUGGUUCA